CUACAAACCCAGAUCUGGGUUUUCUUUCUCUAACUUCAUCUUCCUUUCCCUGCUCAUCUUCUUCUUUCUUUUUCUUAUUCGUUCUCUCUUUCUCUCGUUUCCCUUCUUUUUUCUUUCUCAAACCUAGAUUUGGGUUUGUUGCCUCGAUACGCUGCCUGAGAAAUGUACGCUUUUCCUCAUGAGCCCAUUGUGUUGUUUCUUUAUAAAGGGCAAUUUGGAGCUCAGAUGUCCUAUGUAUUUUAGCAACACAAUCAACAAUUCCCUUGAUGAUUUUGCCUGUUUUAGCCUUGGGGAUAAGGGAGAAAAAGGGUCUCAGCUGAGUAACCAGUGUUUGAAGAUCCUUAACCUUGUUCUCUUGCUAAGAAGGUUAGAGAGGUUAGUGAUUGCUUGUUCUUUGAUCCUCAAAGCUUCUGGUGAAGAUGAAAGAUUGUCGAGAACUUGGUACAGUGUAGAAAUGUUCCAUACCCAAUUCUAUCACUGUGAACCUGAGAUUGACAAAGGCAUCUUGAAAUUUCUAGACAAGGCAAAGGAAACCAUGGGAGUAAAUGCGGAUCCUUCUCCAGUUGUGUUUGUUGGUGUGAAUGUUGUAGACUUGAGGAGCAUUGCUAGAAACCAUAAUCUGCCUUAUGCUCAAAGGAAUCGUGCUGCUGAGGACCUGAGAUGGGUUAUUAAAGCACAGAGGUAUGCAGAAUGGCUAUCAAAUGUGGUCCUAGUGUUGAAAAAGAAUGGAAAAUUAAGAGUCUAUGUUGAUUUUAGAAACUUGAACUUAGCCAUACCAAAGGAUGAGUAUCUAAUGCCAAUUGCAGAUUUGCUAGUUGAUGGAGUAGCUUGUCACAAAAUUUUAUCUUUCAUGGUUGGUCAUGGUGCUGUUGGGACUUUUGAGUAUAUUAUGAUGCCAUUUGGUUUGAACAAUGCUGAAGCCACCUAUCAAAGAGCCAUGAAUGCAAUUUUUAAUGAUAUGAUUGGUAAAUUCAUGGAAAUCUACACUAAUGAUGUUGUGGUGAAGUCGCAUGAGGAAGAAGACCACCUAAUCCACUUGAGGAAGGCCUUUGAGCGGAUGAGACAGCAUGGCCUAAAAAUGAACCCAUUAAAGUGUGCCUUUGAAGUGUCUAUAGGUAAUUUCCUUGGGUACUUGGUGCAUGAGCGUCGUCUGGAGGUUGACAGAAAUAAGGCCAAGGCUAUGAUUGAGGCUCAACCACCACAAAACAAGAAGGAGUUGCAGAGAUUUCUUGGCCAAGUUAAUUUCUUAAGACAUUUCAUUUCUAACUUGGUUGGGAAAACUAGAGUUUUUUCUCCUCUGCUGAAACUCAAGUUUGAGUUGGAUUUUAAAUGGGAAGAAUAGCACCAGUCUGCCUUUGAUGCAAUAAAGCGGUACUUGUCUAGACCACUAGUGCUUGUACUACUUGUGAAAAAUAAACCUUAAAUUUCGUAUAUAUCUGCCGUAGAUGAGUCCAUAGGAUGUUUGCUUGCGCAAGAAAAUGAUAGAAAGUAGGAGCAGGUUGUGUAUUAUUUGAGUAGUUGUUUGACCUAGACUGAAGUCAAAUAUUCUUCAGUCGAAAAGUUAUGUCUUGCUCUCUUUUUUGCUGUAAUAAAGUUAAGACAUUAUU